CGCCUUUUUCACCUUCGCAGACGGCACGUGAAGGUCUCCUAUGCUUUAACAACGGAGAACUUUCGCGUCUAGAAAAGAUACAUAUCGGUUGGUGCCAAAUGCAAGGAAAACAGUUGCAUAUUGUCCUACGUUUUCCUGCCAAGCAAUUGGUCGACUUUGUUCUGUGAAUGGUUCGAAGUUCGCGCAAAAUCUUUCACCCCUCGAUGCAAAUCUACGAAGGUAGCUACACGUCAGCGGGAGAAAGGCACAACAGUAAGUGACGUGCUCACCAAGCCAACUUCGACACGCAUAGCAGCGAAGCACGUUCUAACACUCUCAUGAGCCUCAUCACUCCAGACCUGGAGGAACGAUUCCAGAUGUGUGAACGGCACCGCUGCACGCACCUAUCACAUCCUCCACUCCCACACCUUUUUUUAGGUCAAUUCAGCGAGCGUUCAAGCGAAAGCAAACUAAACGCUUGUGGUGGAAGUCGAGGGCAAGUCGAUGAACGGCCAUACAAGCCAGUGACAUGCAAAUCCGACCUGAAGCUUAUCAAUUUUCUCGUAAAGCACAUCAAUGUCCGAAUAAACCCUCCGCCUUACAGAACAGCUCUCAAUAGCGAAGUAUCUAAUGCAUAA